CAUCUGUCUGCUAUAUCCAAGAGUAAAAUCACCAGGACUACAGCAGCCCAACAUUGGUCAUGUGAUCCCCACAGGGGAGAGAGACCCCCAGCGGAGCUCCUGCACUGUGUAUCAUGGAUGUUUGUGUGUUUGCAUAGCAGAGCUGGCAGCCAUGUUGUUCCUAAGGCAACCCAAAGCUUCCCCAAGUUGGUCUUGUAAGAAGAACAGAGCGUGAAACAGAAAGGCAGGUGGGAUCACCUGGUCUGGCAGCAUGGGUUAUGAUGUGGAGCGUUUUGUGGGCUACGUGAAUGAAGGCUUGCUGUGCUGUGUGUGUCGUGACGUGUUGGAGGAUCCUCUGCAGGCUCCAUGUGAGCAUGCUUUCUGCAGUACCUGCAUUCAUGCCUGGCUUGUGAACCAUCAGAACUGCCCCGAGGAUCGGCUCCCUCUUAGCAUCGCAAACCUACGGCCGCUCUAUAGAUAUAUGCGGAAUGACUUAGCGAGGCUGCAGGUGAAGUGCACGUAUCGCACACAGGGAUGUGAGGUCAUUUGUACGUUGGAGUCCAUCCAUCGGCAUGAGGAACAGUGUUACUUUGCUCUGUUUAAUUGUAGCAAUGCUGGGGAGGAGUACUUGUGUUACCGCUGUGGUUGUCCAGUGCAGGUAUCUCAGAAUUCUCUGGACGCACACUUGUGUGUGUGUGAGUACCGCAACCGAGUGUGUGGAAGAGGGUGCGGAUACACGCUAUCAAACACAGAGGAGGCUCAGCACAACUGCAUCUCUGAGCUCCGAACUGAGCUGGACUUGCUGAGGACUGAGUUGGAUUGUAAGGUUGAGGAAGUGAGACGGGAGAUGGAGACUCGGCUGGAUUCUCAGAGGAGACACAUGGUACAAAAGGAAAGUUUACUGAGAAACGAGGUGGAUGAGCUCAAGGGCCAACUGUCACGUGUGGUGUCUGACGUGUGUGCAUUAUUGGGAGCAGAGCGAACUCGCAGGCAGGAGCUGGAGAGGGCCGAACUCGAGAAAGCAGAGCUUCUCGAACGUCUGAAGAACGAGGUUCUUAAACCAGGCACGGCCUCUCAGACGGUGAUGCGUCACGAUGAGGAGCAUCGUAAGCAAAACCCACACAGCCUAACUUUAGACUGCCUCAAGAAGAAGAGUAGAGAUGUCACGGUUCUCUGAAAACCAGUACACACAACUGUGCAACAGUUCAAAGGCCUGAAAACUGACAGAUUCAUGCUGCUAACCAACUUGGGUUCAACAGUAUAAUAGCAUUUUUUUCAUACACAAAAUAAAUAAAUAAAUAAAG